CUGUAUCCAUAUAAGAGUGAGCUCUUGUGAGGGCAAUGUUUACAUUUUCUAUAUUAAGUUAGUGAGGUGUUGUCACUCGUGCAAUAUUCUGGGUUUGUUUUUGUUGUUGUUUACAAAGCAGUUGUUUAGUUUACCAUCUAGGAAAAAACGCCGGUAUAGUUUGAUCCCCGAUAAAUAUCACGAAUGAUGAAAGAAAAUGACCGUAGCAGAAUCCAUCGACCAUCCCAAGAUCGAUAGUCUACCGCUGAGCGUGGACCCUGUCUCGCUGUUGAUGAUCGUUGUGGUUGCACUGUUUUGGGGCGCCACCAAUCCAUUCAUCCGGCGGGGCAGUCUUGGCUACAACAAUCUGAAAUCCGCGACCAAAUGGGGCCAGCUGUGGCUGGAGGUAAAGUUUCUUGUUUCACGGUGGCAGUAUCUGUUGCCUCUGGCGUUGAAUCAACUGGGCAGUGUGGUUUACGUAUUCGCGCUGCAGCGUGCCGAACUGUCGCUGGUUGUUCCGAUGGCGAACUCGCUGACGUUCGUAUUUACGGCUAUUACGGCGCGGUUGCUUGGAGAGCAGGGCGCCAGUUGGAAGACCUACACUGGCAUGAUGCUGGUAAUAGCUGGCACAGGAAUUUGUAGCUUAGAGAAAAUAUUGUCAUAAUAAUGUUGAAUUAUUGUAUGUUAAUUAAAUAAUAAAUAUUAGUUUCUAAGAGAUUAAAGUCGCUAGUUUUCAAUAUGGUAUGAUCGUUGAAAUUUGUUCAUCACUAGUCUACAUAAUAGCAUUAACAUGGCAUUAUCGUAAUCAUUU